UGUCUUCGGUUGGCGGAGGACCGACGUCAGUGUUUGUGCUUCUUUGGGGAAGAUGGCGGAGGCUGCGGCUGUUCCCCCGCAUCGGUUUUUCUGUCACUGUUGUAAGGGAGAGGUAAACCCCAAACUCCCGGAAUACAUUUGUCCAAGAUGUGAUUCAGGUUUCAUAGAGGAAGUAACAGAGGACUCCAGCCUCCUAGAGGGCGGCGCUAAUGGGCUAGAUGACACAGCCACACAAUUUGCAGAGCUAUGGCAUCUUUUGUUACUGGAGCGGCCAUUUACAACAGACAGAGACAGUCCUGACUCCGAGCACCGGCUCCCUGGAGGACGCCUGAUGGGCUUCGGUGAUCUGGGAGGGCUGGGAGGCGGAUCGAUCGGGGGAUCUGUCCCCACAGGUCUGGGAGGAUCCAUGGGGGGUCUGCUAGGAUCCGGGGACUCCUGGGGGCAAGGGCGUCCGCCUCGUUUAGGCAGCCAGAGGAGAUACAGGUCCAGAGGCAGCAGCAGGCCAGAUCGCUCACCAGCGGUUGAGGGGAUUGUACAGCAGUUUCUAGCUGGACUCUUUGCCAACUCUGGAGUUCCCGGCUCACCUCCUCUGUCAUGGACAGGGAUGCUGCACUCUAACCCGGGCGAUUACGCAUGGGGACAGGGAGGGUUAGACGCCGUCAUAACGCAGUUACUAGGUCAACUGGAGAACACAGGCCCUCCUCCAGCGGAGAAAGAGAAGAUUUCUUCCCUCCCGACUGUCAGUAUAACUCAGGAACAAGCAGACUGCUGUAUGGAAUGCCCAGUGUGCAAAGAGGACUUUGCAGUAGGAGAACCAGUCAGACAGCUACCCUGUAACCACUUCUUUCACUCAGAGUGUAUAGUACCAUGGCUGGAAAUGCACGACACGUGUCCAGUGUGUCGGAUGGGUUUGAACGGAGAAGACAGCAGCAGCCAGCCCUCAGAGUCCCCCUCGCUCUCCACGGACCCCCGCACACAGGAGAGAUGGUCUUUUUGAGACACCCCAGCUGUCUCAUCCUCAGCUUUCCAUCACAUACAUCCAGGAAAAAAAAAAAAACAACAAACGCUUCUCUUUUUUCCCUAUUUUCUCUCUGUUCCUGUCAUCAUAUUUUCAGCCACUUUGUAUAUUUAUUUUCUAUUUUUAAUGCCUUCUUCUUCAAUCAUGUAUCCUCUUAAAGACGUCUUAAUUUGUUGUGGUUUGCUUAUUCUAUUUUAUUUGUCGGGAUAGAGCAGCCUAGAUUGACCCUCAUCUCGCCCCGUUCUUUUUCUGUUUCCACUUCUCGAGCAAAACUUCUCCGCACUUUUCUCUCGGCGCGUUGCUGAAAUUCUCCGACGGAGGGAAAAAUAAGAAAUUUUUUUCCUCUUUUCCGUUUCAAAGACACAGAAUCCUGUAGCUGAGCCCUGUGAAGGCACGAGGAAUAUUCUUAAUAGCAAUUCUGCUCAGUUAUUUUACAGUGAUUGUCAUCAGGAAAAUGUAGACAUUUUAAAUUUAAUAGGAAUCUGGUUAAAGAGCCACAAAUAGAAGCUGUAACUUCAGAUAAGAGGAAGCAUUUUUUUUAAGUCCUCCCAACUCUGAAACCGUACAUGAAAUGAGGAAAUUACAUUUUUUAGCGUUUCGCCCUCGUGUUUUAUGCUUUAGAUGUCAUAAACUCCUCCUGGUGUAUAUAUUAAAUACAAAUGACAUCCCUCUCUCAUUUUAGUCCUCUGUUUAUGGCAGUCUUCUUUCGAUUUGCAUUUUCAUCACUUAUUUUGAUGUAAAUAAUUUUAGUCCUACUUAAGGUUUGCAAAGAAAAAGAAGACAUUGAGAAUGGCAACACAAAUGUGAAAUACAUGGUUUAUGAAAACUGUAUAUUAUAAAUAUAAAAUGUUUAUGAUGUAUCAAUAAAUUGACAAAAAAUGUU